AUGAACGUACUACUGGACCGCAUCCCGGUAGCCGAGCGCUAUAGUGUUCUGCGCGACCUGAUAUGGUCAUUGAAGCCAGACGAUCAAGCAGAGUUACGCCUCGCGGCAUCCGUUAUCAGGCAGGAUGGCGGCGAAGGUCUUUCUCAGGAGCUUUCCCUGUUCCUUGAAAGGACCAUCGAACAGGGCCAUGUUCAGCUAGCUGUCGGCUUGUGCCUAGAAGAUCAGCAACUAUGCCACACACUACUAAGUAGAGCAAUCGAAGAGGCAAUCAAAGCUAAGUCAGUCAAUAGCAAUGAUUUCUCUAUCUUCGAGCAUCUCCGUCCAUGGCUUCGCUUUGCGAGUCUGGUCACUCCACAUGCCCCAUUCUCCGAUAUUCAGUCCCGGCUGCUCGAAGUCUGCCUCGAGCUACUGCAUUCAGAAAAAUCAGAAAUUCAGAAGUCCGCAAGAGAUGUUGUUUUGGAAACACUUGCCCUUCCAUACCCGGAUGCACCAAUCACUUCAUCUACCGCUUUAUCAGAGCUGAUCUGGAGCCACGUUCGCUCGCUGAUCGACUCGGGUAGACCGUUCAGCGUCAUCACAGGGUACUCUAUCUGGCUCAGGUGGCUUCUUUCGGCAUCCGGGGAGCAGACUCUCAAGACUGGCGACGAUGAAUACUGGCAGCUCCUCUCGAACGGCCUCAGAUACGGGGAUGCGGAGCGAAGAAAGCUUUGCCUCAACAUACUCAAGCUUACCAUCGCGAGUGAUUGGGUGCCGAUCUCUGCUGAGCUGCGCAAGCAGUAUGAGCGCUUUGCCACUGUGUUCGAGACUAUCAUCCUCGGAAGAUAUAUCAAUCAGGUCAUGGAAUGCGAGAAGGACCUGAACUUCUUCGUGAGCGACAAAUGUGAGCUUAGCUCCUCGUGGCUCUUCGCGCUACUUGGCGCGGCCCUUGACAAUGCUAUGCAAGACUCGAAUCGCAAGUUCGUGGGCAACUGGGUCAUGCGCUCCACCUUCAAACCUACUCCCGAGUUGAUGGCAUUCUUCCGCACCGACUUCUUACCCUGGGUAACGCAAGGCCAGCAUUUUGUGGCUACUCUCAAGUACGUGGACGGUAAGGCCUCGUGUCGACAUGGACACCAGCUUGCAUGCUUUAUCAAGUGGCUGCGAGCGGUGUGGUCGGGACCGGAACAGAUUACAGAUAUCGUGGUCGAAGCCAUAAUGGCCAAGCGGAACUCGAUGUUCGCCUACUGCACCGUCUACCUGCUCGAGGGCCUCGAAGACUCCUUGAGCGUUGAGCAGAAAGCGCACAUGCAGACGCUUCGCGGUCUACCCGAGGUGGCUAGCAACUAUGUUCGGUUGAAGACUACUGCGACAGAAGCCGACCGCCCGCCACCGACGAGAACAUCAGCAAGGAAGUCUCGAGAGCAACAGGCGCUCGAAAAGAUGCAUGCGUUCGAGCCGACCUCGGAAGCACUGGAGGACAUCUGGUCAGACGUCGAAUACCUCGAAUUCCCAAAAAGACUUCUGAUGGUGCUGCCCUCCCUCCUCUUGGGCAGUCCCGCCCUCAUGCGCGCCCGCCGGCAUGACGUGCUUGCUGCCAGCAUUUCGCAGAAGCUUAGGGUAUUGCGAGAAGUAGCCGAUACUAAAACAUUUCUCUUCCCGCCGCUGGCAGCGUGCAUGAGGAGGGCAAUUACUGAUUCACCGGACCAAUCCGACCUCCUUGGGCUUGCAGACUUCAUCACUAAUGUGGCUGAAAAGCCUCCAAGUCCAACAAUUGAUACAAUGCUCGAAGAAGCUAUCAUUCCAUUGACACCGUAUGAUUACGAGCACUACUUUGGCGAGCCCCUCAGCUAUGGCUAUGCAGCAUACCUCGACCUUGUGAACAGACUGCGACAACCAGACCGAGAAGAACCAGUGUUGAUCAGGACGAUAGUAGAGCACAUCCUUCACAAAUGGCGAUCACAGAGGGUCCCACCACCAACUAUCAGCGCAUGGAAGAAUCUGCUUCAGUUGCAGGUGCUUCUGCUAUGCUUUGAGCAGUACGAGCCACCCGUCGAGGAAAGGGUAGGGCUGCUGGAAGACCUGUUCCACAUCCUAGCGAUCGAGCCGCUGCCACACUACCGGUACCUCCUAGAGGUGAUGAUUGUGAGGAUGAUCGUACGGCAAGACCUGAGGUACAUUCUCCUCGCAAGACUGCGGACCAAGGACCAUCACUCCAACCCGAAGCAUCUGGCCUCACUGAUGAAGAUUGGAGCAAUACUGGCAUGCACGCCAGACACGACCAAAGACUUUGCCCAACAGAUCGCAACAGCAUUUGUGCCCCUCGCAGCCUCAUCGAAAGUCGUGAUUCGGCAUGAGGCGCAAUGGCAAGUGCCACUACUCAUGGAUCACGCGAGAACAAAAAGGUGGAACGAAAUCACAGACGACGUAGCCUUCGCAGCUUUGGACGAGUACAUCAGAAGCCUUGAACGCUUCCACGAUCCGCCGCCUGAAAGGAAGUUUGGCAGAUUCGACCCGACGACCGACCUGACCUUGACCAACCUCGUCGAAGGCCCGUGGCUCGCUCUCGACCAGCAAGAAUCUCCUCUCACAACCCACGAUGACUUCCUCAAAGUCUACAGCAACGACGCACACGACCCUCCAUAUUUCACCUCACCCCCCUGCAUCCCCCUUGGCCCACCCGUCACCCGCCCCGCACCCACCCCACCACUACCACCCCAACAACCCUCCCUCGGUCCCCAAACCUCAGAAACAGUAACCACCGCACUCCAAACAAAAGGCACCGCCCACCUCGCGCGCUCCCUAUCCUCCUCCGCACCUCAAACCCGUCCACAUCCGCACCUCCUCAUCGUCGCCUCCCUCGUCACGAACCCCUACAACCUGGGCGGUCUAAGCCGCGUGAGCGAGAUCUUCGGCGCCGGAGCACUAACGCUACAAAACCAAAACGUCCUGUCGAAUAAAGACUUCCUCUCUGUAGCCGUCAGCUCACACCUGCAUCUCCCCGUCACGCAACUCUCGGCCCCGUCUAUACCGGAAUGGCUGCGCGAGCGCAAGCGAGAAGGCUACACAGUCGUCGGGAUCGAACAAACAGACCGCUCAGUCGUGCUAGGCUCGAAGGAAUGUGUGCUGCCAGAGAAGUGUGUGCUAGUGGUGGGUAGUGAGCGGGAAGGCGUGCCGGGGGAGGUGUUGCUGGAGUGUGGGAUGUUGGUGGAGAUUGAGCAGAUGGGGGUGACGAGGAGUUUGAACGUGCAGACGGCGGUGGGGAUUGUGGGGUUUGAGUAUGGGAGGCAGUAUCGUCGGGGAUGA